AUGCCCGAAACGCAAAACGGUCGCGAAGAAACGUCAUCCGCUAUUGGUCGCUCCUGCCGGAAGCCGCUUGCGAAGAAGCGGAAGACACAGAAGGCCUGUGCCGCUCCGCAGAAGAAGAAGGCUUUGAAAUCCAAGCCCCGCAAGACCACAACGCGGAAGUGCGUUGCCAAACGUCCUUCGAAGCCCAAAAGGGCCAAGCGCCCAAAGCGUUGCUUGAAUGCUUCCCAAACUGCUAAGGAACCAACUCCAGAACCUGAAGACCCGCUUUCCCUUCCUAAGGGGAACGAACCUCCAGAGGUGAUUCGCCUUUCGACAUCGCCUGCACCCAGACGCAGAAUCACUCGCAGGCCGGUCGCUAGACCGAGGAACUUGGAGCGUGAGCGUGAGCCUGAGCCUGACUCGGUUACUUUCAUACCUGCCCGGGCCGACGAAGCCCCAGCCAAGAAGCUCAAAACGAAGGUUAGCGCCAAAAAGGUGAUUGGCGGGCGUACAACGGCGAAGCCCAAGCCCAAGCUUCACGCCAGUGGGUAG